AAUCUCACUUCAUUCCACAUAGAAUGAAGGGCUAUAAGAUUCUAAUUUCUGCUAGUCUUGACGAAAAAGGUAUAGUGUUUUCCAGUUUCCCACAAUGUCAGAUCUUGGAGUACCACUUCGUCCAGAGAGGAAGAAGGGCUUCGUGGAGUUGUUGGAUUGCUGUCGGAAUGCGGAAUGUCGACUAUAAGAGGGCUCGCCAUUUCCAAGUGGAUUUAGCUUUCCGCAAUAUCCUUGAAAUCGAUAAAGUGCAAAUGAUUGCUAGGGUGGAGCCAAUUGUGACCAAGGGGCAGAGUAUCACGGUCCCUAUGAAUCUUUCCCUUGCUGUGGUUGCAGACCUUGAUUAUCUUACAUUUUUUGGUCUCAUCAAUGGCAAUGGCAUUGCAGGAAACUCCCACAUUUAUGGCCUGUUUUCCUAUACUGUUGUUGCUUAUGAGAAAGUUUUGGCUGGCGUUGUUAGAGCUACAAACGAUGAUGAAUAUUUUGAUCUCUUCUAUGCUACCCCUUGGUCUCAAGGAACUCUUGGCAGGGUUUUAUUUUAACUCUACUAAAAAAUUUGGAAAUCAAACUUAUACCCAUUAAAAUAAUACAUGAGGCUGACCUACACACCAUUUAUUGGGAACCUGCAAGAGCUUGCCAAGGGUUACAUGGACUCCUUUACACCCAAAGAUUGUGAUGAGGAUCAGGAUAAUGUAGCCAAAGUUCCGGAGUUUGUAGAAGCCAUAAUUUACUCACCUACUAAAGUUGUUUUCAUGACUGGGAGAUAUGCCUCUAAAGAAGAGACUAAAAAGAAGGGGAAAAUAUCAAGUCUAGGUUGGAGGUUUAAGCCAUGGUUUUACCAACAUGCCGAAUCAGCAUUGAAGAAGGGAGAGUUUUUAGAGUACAUUCCAAGCAGGGAGUAUUACCAUAGGCACACAAGAUAAUUAUAUUGGGAGGGGAAACCCAUCCUUCCAUUUGAAGAUCAAUGGUGGUUUAGGUUUCUCUUAGGAUGGCUGAUGCCACCCAAGGUUUCUUUACUCAAGGUAGGUGAAGCUAUAAGAAAUUAUUACCAUGAGAUGCAUGUCAUUCAAGACAUGCUUGUUCCUCUCUACAGUGGGGAUGCCCUGGAGUGGGUCCACCAAGAAAUGGAGGUUUAUCCCAUUUGGCUUUGUCCGCGCCGACUAUUCAAGGUUCCAAUCAAGACGAUGGUAUAUCCCGAACCAGGGUUCAAGCAUCAUUGUAGACAAGGUGAUACACCUUAUGCUCGGAUGUUCACCUAUAUGGGACCUGUGUUGAGGGGUGAGGUGUUUGAUGGUGCGGAGGCAGUUAGUAAAAUGGAGCAAUGGUUGAUUAAAAACCAUAGUUUCCAUCAGCACUACGCAGUGUCGGAGCUAAAUGAGAAGGAUUUCUGGAGGAUGUUCGAUGUGGAUCUCUACGAGUACGCAAGGAAGAAGUACGGAGCUGUGGGAACAUUCAUGAGCGGAUACUACAAAUCCAAGAAAGGAAGGGAGACGAAGGAAGUGCAAGAAGCUGAACGUGCUCACCUUGAAACUGCAGACGCAGAGACUGAUUAUUAAGCCCAUGGAAUGGCACCUUGUGGUAGAAUUUCUUGCUUUUCUGCUCUGAAUCUUUGCAUUUGUCUAAUUGUCUCUCUGGUUUGUUUUCCACUCAAUCGGAUGAAAUAUGAGAUUGUUUUAAGCAAUGGUUUGUUGUUAGCAUUGUUUUAAGCAAUGGUUUGUUGUUAGCAGUGACCUUUUAGCGCUAUCUUUGGGUAUGUUACUUGCUGAGAUUAUUUAUAUGAAAUGAACACUAUGAGUAAUUAGUAUAUUAAAAUUUAUACAAACGAAGAUUAUGGUACAACAUAAUACAAAUAUACAAAUUGCCAAAAUUAGAAAUUCAGCAAAUGAAAUACUUUUAGGGGGGGGCAUAGAUACAGUUAAAGAGUAAAUGAUUCUACGAAUAAUCUAAAAACUUGCAUUCCUUAGUUCCAACAAUCUAUACCACCUUUUGUCGAUGGAAGCUGCAUUUCUUUUACCAAUAU